CGUCUUCGCGGGAGCCGCCUCUUCCUUUAGUCGCCGUGUCAGGGCUCGCAGGGCCACUCUCCGCUGCUGCUCCUGCCCCGCGUUCCUCCGCUCCGCGCCCGCCGCCACCGACGACAUGCUGCGCUGCGGCCUGGCCUGCGAGCGCUGCAGGUGGAUCCUGCCCCUGCUGCUGCUCAGCGCCAUCGCCUUCGACAUCAUCGCGCUGUCCGGCCGCGGCUGGCUGCAGUCUAGCACCCACGUCCAGACAUCCUCGCUUUGGUGGAGGUGUUUCGACGAGGGCGGCGGCAGCGGCUCCUAUGACGAUGGCUGCCAGAGCCUUAUGGAGUACGCCUGGGGACGAGCAGCUGCUGCCACACUCUUCUGUGGCUUUAUCAUCCUGGUCAUCUGCUUCAUCCUCUCUUUCUUCGCCCUGUGUGGACCCCAGAUGCUCGUUUUCCUGAGAGUUAUUGGAGGCCUCCUGGCACUGGCUGCUGUAUUCCAGAUCAUCUCCCUGGUAAUCUACCCCGUGAAAUACACACAGACCUUCAGGCUUCAUGACAGUCCUGCUGUCAAUUACAUCUAUAACUGGGCCUAUGGCUUCGGAUGGGCAGCCACGAUCAUCCUGAUUGGCUGUUCCUUCUUCUUCUGCUGCCUCCCCAACUACGAGGAUGACCUUCUGGGCAAUGCCAAGCCCAGGUACUUCUAUACUUCUGCCUAAUGUGGGAGGGAGAUCCUGAGAAAAGCCUGCUGCAAGAUGGAUCUGAGGAGGAAACUGUUCUCCAAGGCACAGGAACCUAUGUUUGAGCUGUAUUCAUAUGAUCAGAAACGCUAGAAUAAAUGCUAAAGAAAAUUCUUCAUAAAUAGUGUUAAGUUUCAUGUCCUGUGUAUGUCUUAUGGAGUUUAAAAAACCUUGUUUCUGUUUUCUAAGUAUAUGCUAAUUUCUCCUUACAUCAAUUCUUUAUCAUUUAAAUUUCGUUUGUUAAAGAGCAUGCCUGUGAAACUUGGUAAAGUAGAAAUGCGAUGGCUUCUCAUUUAAUAAUCUGAUGAAGCUUUUGUUUUUCCACAUAGAAUGGGUUGUUUCUACUAAAGGCUAAAGAGAAGGAAAGCUACUGGCAAAAUUUCCGUGACCAAAUAUUCUGAAAUUAAUAUUUUUUUUUAAAAAAAAACCCUUUUGAGGGGUUUCAUUUACAUAAAGAAGCAUGGUUUAGAAUGGUUUACUAAGUGAGCAUCGUUCGUGAGAAUUUUUAGUCAGUGUUUUAAACAAUUAUUGUUUUGCUAAGCUUUGUGUUGACUUUCACUGCUAUGUGGGAAAGUGUUCUAACAUGGCCAAGGUUACAGUGGUCAGGCCACUGUCACUACUGAAAUGCUAAAAUGAAUUUUCCUCUUUUAAUGUAGUUUAGAGUGGUAGGGUGUGGGAAGAAGCCAUAUUAACAAAUCUGUACAGUUUUGCGUGUGUAUGUUUAGAACCAGCGUAGAAUGGAUGGGAGGAUGAACUAGGCCUAAUCCCUCCCGACUGGUGGAUAUGACAAGGUCGGGCAGGAAGGCACAGGAGGGUUACUACUGUCAUAGCAGUACCAUUCAGACAUCUUAGGAGAAGACAUGUCAAUGCCUCCUCUCAGCCUCAACUGUGCUAUACUCAUAGACAGCUAGAAUACAUUUUUAACUGUAACAGAACCUAAAUAUAAUUAAAAACCUGGUCUCCCUUGGUAAACAGACUUAAAGUAUUUGUAUAAUACAUACAAGUGGAAAAUUUGGGAAUGAGUUUCUCUGAAUACGUAUUGGAAGGGCUAUUAUUUUUUUUCUUACCAUUUAUACUUAUAUAAUGGAAACUAGCUUAUUUUAAAUAUCAGAACACUAUUUUGUAAGUUGCAGCAAAGACAUUUGCAGUUUUCAUUUCCAGCUUCCCCCAAUAAACCAGGUGUUCAAAUCCUG